AUGGCAUCCAAGAGCUCUGCAGUGGCGGACGAGCCCGUUGAGGUUUUGUUCGCCCUGCAGCCUAACUUUGACCUUCUCGACGUAGCAGGCCCAUUGGAGGUUCUGGCUACCGCUCUUCACGACAAGAACGACAAGACCACCAAGGCAUUCGAGUGUACCGUCGCUGCAGCUGAGCCCAAGGUUGUUUCCGACUCAGGAGUCACCAUUGGCACCCAGAUCCCCUUCAAAGAGGCCUACGAGCGCCUCAGCGACUUUGACGUCCUCGUCAUCGUCGGCGGCGACAGUGACAAGAUCAUUAAGUCUAACGCCGAACCCCUUCCCCUCAUUACCGCUUUCGCCGAGCUGCAGAAGAAGGACCCUACGCAUGAGCGUACUCUCCUCUCUGUCUGCACCGGUUCUCUCUUCCUUGCCAAGCAGGGAAUCCUCGCCGGCCUCUCUGCCACCACCCACUCUGACUACAUCACUACCUUCGAGAUUCUCUGCAGUGAGGCCGCCACCCGUAACCUCACUGAGCGAACCGAUGUCAUCGAAGAUGCUCGAUACGUCGUCAACAACCUCCGCUUCGACCUCGGCGAUGAGGACGAGAACCCAUAUGUCCGCCGCACAUCCGACGCGGGCCGCCGACCCUCCAAUGCCAGAAAGGGCAGUAUGUCCUUCAAGAGCUCGGGUCGUCGCGAGUCCAUUACUCGUCGUGCCGCGAUGCGCCUUGGUGGCCUACGUGUCAUCACGGCUGCUGGAGUGAGCGCUGGCGUGGAUGCAGCUCUGUAUCUCGUCAGCGCUCUAGUCUCCGAAGAGUCGGCCGAGGAGGUCGCUCGUGUUAUCCACUGGACCUGGAACAAGGGCGUCGUCGUCGACGGACUCGACGUCUAA